CGCGAACCGUCGGUCGUUGGAGUGACAGCGACAUGAUCUGGUCAGAGCGGGUCAGAACGUAAACAGUCCGCUGCUAAGCGACAGCCGUCGGUCGUUUGAGUGACAGCGACAUGAUCUGGUCAGAGCGGGUAAGAACGUAAACAGUCCGCUGCUAAGCAACAGUCGUCGGUCGUUGGAGUGACAGCGACGUGAUCUGGUCAGAGCGGGUCAGAACGUAAACAGUCCGCUGCUAAGCAACAGCUGAAGUAGCCCAGACGACCGCAUAGCCUGCAGUAUAAGACGGAUAAAUGGAGGCUAUAUUUAAACAAUAUAUAUAUAUUUUUUAAAAAGCAACGUAGCGUGUUUCUCUCACAGAAAGAAAGUUCGCAUCUCUCUUUCCAGAUGAUGCUGAUGCGAGAGCAGCAUCUCCCAUCUCUUUGGUGGGUUAGAUGGAAAGGUCCAGUCGGACCCAUUUCACUGCGACACCUGCUUUAUUCUGUCCACCAUUAACAGCGGACGGCUGUCAGAACAGAACGAGGUCUGGACCUGAACAUCCGUCUAUCGAUCACCAUGAAACAGGGUGGUCUCGUGGACGACACGGAGGAUGUGGAGUUGGAUUUCAGUACCGAGGAGGAGGAGCAGCGAGCGCUCAGGGGGGUAAAGAUCCGACACCCCCUCGCCUCCUUCCUGCACCUGUUCUUCCGAGUGGCUGCCAUAGUAACCUACCUGCUCUGUGAUUGGUUCACCAAGAGCUUUACUUCCUGCUUCAUUAUGAUCAUCACUCUGCUGUCCUGUGACUUCUGGUCCGUUAAGAAUGUGACAGGCAGGUUGUUGGUGGGUCUGCGAUGGUGGAACCAGAUCGAUGAGGAUGGGAGGAGCCUCUGGGUGUUUGAGGACAGCAAGUCUUCUCCCCAGGCCGGUGGUACGGAGGUGGAGUCCAGGAUCUUCUGGUCGGGUCUGAUCAUCUGUCCUCUCAUCUGGACCGGCUUCUUCUUCACGACCCUGUUCUGUCUGAACACAGACUGGCUGGUGUUGGUGGUAGCCAGUAUCUCUCUCCAGGGGGCUAAUCUCUAUGGUUACCUGCGCUGCAAGAACGGCGGACAGGAAGUCCCACCCACAUCCCCUUCCUCCUUCCUGCAGGGACAGCACUUCCUCCAGCGGCCUGAUAUCAUCUCCAGAAUGCUGUGAUGGAAUAGGAGUCACCUGCAGCUGCCUUCUCUGAGUGUGUGUGUGUGUGUGUGUGUGUGUGUGUGUGUGUGUGUGUGUGUGUGUGUGUGUGCGUGCGUGCGUGCGUGCGUGCGUGCGUGCGUGCGUGCUGUGUGUGUGUGUGUGUGUGUGUGUGUGUGUGUGUGUGUGUGUGUGUGUGUGUGUGUGACAGACAGACAGACAGACAGACAGACAGACAGACAGACAGACAGACAGACAGACAGAGCAGGAAAUGUUCUGGAACUCAGAAGGGGACAGACAGACAGACAGACAGACAGACAGACAGACAGACAGACAGACAGAGCAGGAAAUGUUCUGGAACUCAGAAGGGGACAGACAGACAGACAGACAGACAGACAGACAGACAGACAGACAGACAGACAGACAGACAGACAGACAACAGAGCAGGAAAUGUUCUGGAACUCAGAAGGGGACAGACAGACAGACAGACAGACAGACAGACAGAGCAGGAAAUGUUCUGGAACUCAGAAGGGGACAGACAGACAGACAGACAGACAGACAGACAGACAGACAGACAGACAGACAGGAAAUGUUCUGGAACUCAGAAGGGGACAGACAGACAGACAGACAGACAGACAGACAGACAGACAGACAGAGCAGGAAAUGUUCUGGAACUCAGAAGGGGACAGACAGACAGACAGAAAUGUUCUGGAA